AAUAUAUAGUAAAAGACAUAUUUUUAAUUAUAAUUUCACCUUUUUCAUAUUUUUAAUUAUUAAUUAAUAAGGUCUUGGAUUCAGUUUCAUUUGGCAUAAAGUAAAGAACGAAACAUGUAAAGAACGAAACAUGUCAUACAUACGUAAUCAGAGGGAUCGUUGUCUAUAUAUUUUCCGCAUAGUGAAGUAAUCUAUCUUUUGAGGAAUCAAGUGUUUUUACAUAUAAUAUAUACGUGAAACUAUAGUUUUCUGCUUUUAAUAAUAUUACUGUUGAGUUAUCAUUUUUCUAACAGAAUUAUGAAGAAGAAGAAGCAUAAUAUCCCAUCAUAUAGCAAGAAUACACAACCUGGGACAACAACAGAUCAGCUAAGUUUAGUAACACAAGGUGAAACUUUGCUAACAAAAUGUUUCAUAGGGAAGAGUACUACUGGUGGGGCUUCUUGGAUAGGCUUAAUGAAAAAGGCUUUUAGAUCGCCUGUCAAAGAAAAUGAUAUCAAAAGUAUCAGAAGAAGAGAAGAUGCUCAUGAACAAGAGGAAGAAGAAAAGAAGAGGGGAAAACGACGAUGGCUCUUCCGGAAGCCUACACUUCAGGAGACAACAUUAAUUCAUCAAAAUCAAGAUCAAGCUGAAGCAACUACUACCAACAUCUCAUCAAGUACAAUUAGCAAAGGAAAUUUGGCUACAAAUUUACUGCCAGAAAAAGCUGAAUUGAAGCAAAAAGGAGCAAUUGGAGUAGCCAAGACCAGGGAUGGACCUACUCUAUCAGCGGCUAUGCUAGCGGCUGAGGCAUCUGUCGCUGCAGCACAGGCGUCUGUAGACAUCAUUCGGCUCGCACGGCCUCCUGUUUUAGUUGAACAACAGCGUGCUAUCCUUACUAUUCAGACAGCAUUCAGAGGGCACUUGGUAUGUAUAUAGAUGCCUUUACAAUUCUCUCUAUACAUGUUUUAUAGCAAUGGUGCAAAAAAAUUCUUUAGCAGUAAUGAGGUCAUUUAUAUAAUAUUUGGUAUUUUCACAUGCUAAAUUAUAUAGGUAAGUG